CCGCCCCGCAGACAUGGCUGCGCUGCCGCUGCCCGCCCGGGGGGACCGGCGGAUCGGGGCGCUGCGCACACCGGACCCGGACCCGGGGGAGCCGGAGCGUAAGCGAGCAUGCAAGCAGCUAGAAACCAUCCCCAAUGAGGCUGAGACUCAUCUGCUUGGUUAUGCCAUGGAGCUGGAUUCCAAACAGAAAAUCUCCUCUGACUGUGGUCCUUGGGCUACAAAGGCAAAGCAGAAUUCAAUGGUUUUUGAAAACCGUGGAAGCAGAGGUACUGCUCAGCCUUGCCCAAGAUGUAUUGCUGGAGAAUCUGGCCACUUCAAUCAUAUCCUGAGCUUCUAGAAGUGGCAAGAGAGAAGAUCGGCAGUGCUGCUGUUCAGUUUGAGUUCUGAAGCUAGACCUGGCAACCUGUGCAGCUGGAUAUCUGUACCUUCACUCGAAGCAUGGACUUGCGUGGACACGUGUGUGUCAGUCAGCAUACA